UGCUGGAAGACUGUUGCUUCUGGCCUUGCAGCAAUAACGGAAAUAUUAUAGUCUACGAAAAUUAGGAUAAACUGUGUAAAAAAGCCAAAAAUAUGCGGCUUAAAUACAUUAAAUUAUAAGCCAGACGUGAGAUUUAAUAUUUAUUAAACUUGUGGACUGUUGGCUCAAUGAUUUAAGCCAAUAUCUGAGUCUGUGGAUGCUGUGUGUUUGUUUUCCUGGCUAAUAUCGAUUUUAUCAGAUGGAGCAUCCUUCCAUGUAACGCGCCUGGAAAGAGUUAUCUAUUAAAUAGAGUAUAAUCUAAUUGGAUUUAGAGAGUAUAACUUAUUGGCAUCAUGAAGCGACAAAACGUUCGAACCCUUUCACUUGUGGUGUGCACUUUUACCUAUCUCCUAAUUGGAGCUGCGGUCUUCGACUCACUGGAAUCGACAACAGAGGCCAAGCGAUGGGAGUUCUUGCAAGCUGUAAAGAACAACUUUGUUAAGAAAUACAAUGUAAGCGACGAGGAUUUUCGGGUAAUGGAAAUUGUCAUAAUUGAAAACAAACCGCACAAAGCUGGCCCUCAAUGGAAGUUUGCUGGAGCCUUUUACUUCAGCACCGUUGUCCUGGCCAUGAUAGGCUAUGGCCAUUCAACUCCUGUCACAAUUCCUGGAAAGGCUUUUUGCAUGGGCUAUGCCAUGGUGGGCAUUCCUCUGGGCCUGGUGAUGUUCCAGUCGAUUGGUGAACGUCUGAACAAGUUCGCUUCGGUUAUCAUUAGACGGGCAAAGAGGGCCAGCGGAGCUCGCUGCACGGAUGCCACAGAGAUGAACCUCAUGUUGGCCACGGGCAUGCUCUCCUCGAUUAUUAUCACCACAGGAGCGGCAGUCUUUUCCCGCUACGAAGGUUGGAGCUACUUUGAUAGCUUCUACUAUUGCUUUGUCACCCUGACCACCAUCGGUUUUGGGGACUAUGUGGCCCUGCAGAAUGACCAGGCCCUCACCAAUAAGCCUGGCUAUGUGGCCCUAAGCUUGGUCUUCAUUCUGUUUGGCCUGGCCGUAGUGGCUGCUAGUAUCAAUUUGUUGGUGCUGCGCUUCAUGACCAUGCAAGCGGAGGAUGCCAAGAGAGAUGAGCAGGAUGCUCAGAAUUUAGCUGGAAAUGCCCAGCCGGUGACCUUUGAUGAUGAGUCCACGUACAACAUGCAUGGUAAGCUGUUGGAGAACAAUUACACCACAGAGAAUGAUGAGACCGCUUCGCUGUGCUCCUGCACCUGCAUGGGCGGCACUCGAUGCCUCAACCAUGAGCAAUUUGUUGAUCCGGACUUCCAGCCCACGGAUAUUAUUGAGAGCACCCUGUGCUUGAAGCGCGCCUCCGUCUGAUAUCCGUAUAGCCAGCUGUGGAACUCCUCUAUAUAGGAACCAGAGCCGAACUAUAGUUAUACAAUCCUGUAGAGACACAACCGCCGGUUACGAAACAUUGGUUGUUAGACGAACCUUCCCUACGCAGAUAUUUACACGAGGAAGGGUUGGUUAUUGUGGAUUGAGAGGGGGAAUACAUAGAAAAUGAUACACUUUAUGAUAAAUGCAUAUAAUGAAGCAUAUUUAACAGCGCAAAAAUACCACAAAAAGCCAAAAAGUCUUAGGGACUUCUUUGUUUGACUUUCACAUAAGAAAACUAUUCAUAUUUUCUUUGCGACUAUUUAGCUACUUGACAAAAGUAGAGUAUUCAGAAAUUCCUAUAGAUUACUAUCCUUAAAAAGGAGUUUCCCACAAUAACCGACCCUCUUCCCCAUAUACACACAUUUACAAAGGAGGAAACUCCAAGAACCCAUGUCAAUAUCAAUCACAUCAUCUGGUUGGGAGCCCAAAGAAGCCUUAAUAGGUUUCCUGGUAACUCCUCCGCCACUAACCCAUCUCAUAUUGUAGCCCUAAGAUGUUUUAACCAAAGAAAGCACUAUUAAAGAUUUUUUGCCCAAAAAA